UUCGGGGUUUUUAAAAAAAUGUAAGUAAGAAUGUUUGGUAAGCGCUAACAGUGUGUGCUUUGUACAUGCACAUGCAGGACACCUGGUUCGGAUCUUCUGGUGGGGUCACGGACACAGUAAGCAUAAAGUGAAGUAAACCGCCGUGUUAUUCGGUGCAGAGUGUGACGUCACACAUCUGUGAAACAAAAAUGGUACCAAUGGCCAUGCAGCGGACAGUAUGUGUUGUGACAGUCCUGGUCCUCUGCCUGCCGUCCUGCCUGUCCCAGUUCCCGGGCCUGACUGACGAGCCCCAGAUCAAGGACUCUCUCAGGCUGGCCAACAUCCUGCUCAACCGUCCCGACGAGGGGCCCAGCGUCAGGAGGGACUGCCGGAUGUUGAACAACACGGAGUUUCAGCGCAUCGUGCGCGCGGUCAACGCGGCCAAGAGAGACACGAGAAUUAAACCAAAUGUCCACGACGCCUACUCCUACCUUCACGCCCACCCGGACAUCAACAAAGGCGCUCACCUCGGAGCCUCGUUCCUGCCCUACCACCGUGUCUUCAUCUACCUCUACGAGAAACUGUUGCGCAUCUACGACCGAGGCAUCAGCCUGUGUUUCUGGGACUCGACGGCCGAGCCUGAGAAGAUGACCUGGUCAGCGCUCUGGACACCGGAACUCUUCGGCAACGUCCAGGGUGCCGUCACCACCGGGUUCGCUAGAGACUGGGUCACGCCGCUUAGGACUCUGGACAGGCAAGGCGGUGUCCUAGGCCGGCCAUUUACCGACCAGGACGUUGAGAUCGUGAUGUCCAAGAAAAGGCUGGGUGAGAUCUCCAUGCCCGCUGCUAAGGUGGACGCCAAUGUGGAGCUCAUGCACAACUACGUGCACAGUUACGUUGGGGGCAUCAUGGGACAGGUGCAGACGGCCGCUUAUGACCCCAUCUUCUGGUUCCACCACACGUUUGUUGACUGCCUGUACGACAAAUUCCAGAGGAGACAACGGCAACUCGGCAUCGAUCCCAUGAGGGACUGGCCCGUGGAGCACGGCACGACCUCCCACGCGCCCUUCGCCCCCAUGCGGCUGGGCAGUCUCCGGAACAUCGACGGCGCGCAUGCGUCCUUCAGCCGCGACAUCGUCCAGUGCGAGCCCAUCCCGCCCUGCUCCAGUGAUGUCGACUGCGGGGAGUACAUGCGCUGUGACGUGGCCAGACGGAAGUGCGUGUCCGACACGUUGCGGCCUGCGACGGAGAUGGGCAGCAUGUGGGACAGCGUGGAGACCCUGCUGGCGUCCAUGUUGAGGGGGCGGCUGGCUGAGAGCAACCACCCCCUGGCCCCGCCCAAUUUCGGGUACGGAAUCGUCUUUCAACAGCCGGCGUUGUUUGCGUUUCCGGGAGAGAAAAACGAAAUGUCUGCGUAGGGUUCAAAGUUGAAUGCGAAUAUAUUUGUUAAAGGCAGUUGGAAAAUAAAAUUUCUACAAUAUUUAUUAAGUAACAUUUUAGCAAAUCUGCAUGAAAAGUACAUGCAGGGAAAUUGAAAAAAUAAACAAAUAUUUAUUGAAAAUUACGAAGUAUUAAACGUUAUAUAUUUUGAAUAGGAGAUUUGUACUAAUUUGUGCUAAAAUAUAAAAAGAAAUAAUUGGUCAAUAAACG